CUACAAAAGCCCCACCCAGCCUGCGGGAAGCCCUCACCCAGCCCCGGACCCUGGCCCAUCUCUGCACCCCUGCCCAGAUUCCUUCAAAAUGUCUACUGUUCACGAAAUUCUGUGUAAGCUUAAUUUGGAGGGUGAUCAUUCUACACCCCAAAGUGUUUAUGGCUCAGUGAAGGCCUACACUAAUUUUGAUGCUGAGAGAGAUGCUUUAAACAUCGAAACGGCCAUCAAGACUAAAGGUGUGGAUGAAGUCACUAUUGUCAACAUCUUGACAAACCGCAACAAUGAACAGCGACAGGAUGUUGCUUUCGCCUUUCAAAGGAGGACCAAAAAGGAACUCGCCUCAGCUCUGAAGUCUGCUUUAUCUGGCCACCUGGAGACAGUAAUUCUGGGCCUAUUGAAGACACCUGCUCAAUAUGAUGCAUCGGAGCUGAAAGCUUCCAUGAAGGGUCUGGGAACGGAUGAGGACACCCUCAUUGAGAUCAUCUGCUCACGGACAAACCAGGAGCUGUGCGAAAUCAACAAAGUGUACAGGGAACUGUACAAGACAGAGUUGGAGAAAGACAUUGUUUCAGACACGUCUGGUGACUUCCGCAAAUUGAUGGUUGCUCUGGCUAAGGGGAGAAGGGCAGAGGAUGGCUCCGUGAUUGAUUAUGAACUAAUUGACCAGGACGCCCGGGACCUUUACGAUGCUGGCGUUAAAAGGAAAGGAACCGAUGUUCCCAAAUGGAUCAGUAUCAUGACUGAAAGAAGUGUAUGUCACCUCCAGAAAGUUUUUGAAAGGUACAAGAGUUACAGUCCUUAUGACAUGGUGGAGAGUAUCAAGAAGGAGGUCAAAGGAGAUCUGGAAAAUGCCUUCCUUAAUCUGGUCCAAUGUAUUCAAAACAAGCCUUUGUACUUUGCUGAUCGGCUCUAUGAUUCCAUGAAGGGCAAGGGAACUCGGGAUAAGGUCCUGAUCAGAAUCAUGGUCUCUCGCAGUGAGGUUGACAUGCUGAAAAUCAGGUCCGAGUUCAAGAGGAAGUAUGGCAAAUCCCUGUAUCACUUCAUCCAGCAAGAUACUAAGGGAGACUACCAGAAGGCGCUGCUAUAUCUGUGUGGCGGAGAUGACUGAAAGUCCCGACGGGAAGCAGUCCAUAUCUGGAAAUGGUGCAUUGUGCUCUUCCAACUUGUAAUUUUAGAAAAUCAACUUGCAACUAACUAUAAUUUGCAUCAGACCCUCCUGGGCCAAUAGUAUCAUUUGCUUUCUUGUACUAUUUUUUUUUUUUUUUAGAGAACAUGCAGUGCUUGGCUUUCCUGAGUUUCCCUAUUUUAGCCAAAGAAAUGAACAUUCCAAAGCAAUGGAAGUGAAAUAUAUGAUGUGAAAUACUUUGCCCCUCAUGUACUGUGUCGGUGGAAAUAAACCCAGUUUUUACUUUGAAAACCA